AUGACAAUGGAAAGCAGUUGUGGUAACAAUGGUAAAAAUAGCCAAGCAGGAACCAAGUCCGUAUGCGUUUAUUGCGGGUCUUCAUUUGGAUCUAAGGCGCUGUACUCUGAGAGUGCGGAACAAUUAGGAGCCCUUUUCUAUGAGCUUGGAUGGAAACUGGUAUACGGAGGAGGGACGACCGGUCUGAUGGGCAAGAUAGCAAGAUCAACCAUGGGUCCCGAUUUAAGCGGGCAGGUGCAUGGUAUCAUCCCAAACGCACUUGUGUCCAAGGAAAGGAGUGACGAGGAUGAAAAAGAUGUUAACAAGGCAUUGUUGGAGUCUGUAGAAAACCAUAAGGGCUCUACUCCUAUUUCUAAAGAAUAUGGUAACACUACAAUCGUACCAGAUAUGCAUACCAGGAAGAGAAUGAUGGCCGAUUUGAGUGAUGCUUUUGUGGCCAUGCCUGGUGGGUAUGGGACUUUUGAAGAAAUCAUGGAAUGUAUCACGUGGUCUCAACUGGGUAUUCACAACAAACCAAUCAUUUUGUUCAACAUUGAUGGCUUCUACGACAAACUAUUGGAUUUUCUUAAACAUUCUAUUGAAGAGUGUUUCAUUAGUGCGAAAAAUGGUGAAAUCGUGCAAGUUGCUUCCACCCCACAAGAAGUUGUUGAUAAAAUAAAAAAAUACGUGGUUCCUGAAGGUCGCUUUAAUUUGAAUUGGAGCGACGAAGGUCACGCUUAUGAAAAUUGUGCCAAACAAUGA